AUGCCUCCUGCCAUUCCUACACCUAUAUACCGCCGCGCAGCACCAUCGGGCCCCUGGCCAUGGAUGGACUUUGAUACCGAUUCUGACGUUACCCUCAGUCGUGACCAACCACCAGCCGCACCUGAGGCUGGUGCAGCGGGCCAGUCCGAGCCAUGGCGCGGAUACCCUGCGGCACUCUUUGGGAACUGGCAGCCAGACCAGGUGAAGCGGAGCAAGAUGCUGAGCAACUGCUCCGAGGUCGAUACGUGCUCUGUGCAUUGGCUGGAUGUCCUUAAAGACGGGGAUUUUAAGAUUCUGGUUGAGGAGGGAAUAGACCAGACGAGUAGGAUUACGCAUGACCGGAUGGGUGAGUUUUGGGAGCUGUUGCAGACGCCUCGACCUGCGAAUAUCCGCGUGCGUGCGUUGUUCGUGGAUAAUCUUUCCAUGUCUGUGCUGCAGAUGCUUGGAACGAAGUAUAAUAUCGAGCCGUUUUUCUUUUCUUCAUCCCUGAAUUGGAUACCCUCGCAUUACCAAGAAGAGGUUCGGCCGGGAAAGGGUGAUCAUAUUACCAUCACACUCCCAUUCAUCCGGAUGACGCAAAACCCAGUCACUCGGCCAUCAACACCCAGCGAAACACUAGGUUCAGGUUCGGUCAGAUCUGGUCAUUCACAGCACGUUUCCACUGACGAACAGCAAAUCAUCGACACCCAAGCAGCGCUCUCUCUCAGCUGUGGCAACAUUCUCCUCCACGAUCUCCUCGCGAUGCACAUGGCGCGCGCAGAGGACUCGAGCACGAUCAUAUCACAUCAUCCAAACUCUAGUUGGCGCCGUCCGUCCCCAAAGCGGCUCCACUCCCUCGUCUACCGUGCGGGCCAGAGCGUAUAUUGGCAAAAAAUCUUCGAUAAAUCCAAGGACCCGACGUUUUUGUUCCUGGCUAUCUUGUGGUAUGCGCUCUACUCAUGGGACCAGGCGUUUGAAUCGCUGUACAAUCAUAUUCUUUCGCUGGAAUCCGAGGUUCUCUCAACGAAUAAAAUCACUCUCACUCGUAAACUCUACAUCAUUCAAACCCACCUCCUCCAAUACCAAUCGCUUCUCCAAGACUACCACAAGUCUGUCGACUUUUUGCAGAAGACGCCGAAUCCCGCUAUGGAGUCCGACGAUUACAGCCCUGCCGAGCGUAAGGACUCGGUGGAGCUCAUGAACAGGGAGUGUGCGAAUCUGCUUUCGGAGAUCGGGAGGUUGGAGAACGGGCGGUCGAUGCAGAGCAGCAGGCUGAAGAACGUGAUGGAUCUGUCGUUUGCGACUGUGAAUAUUGAGGACAGCAAGCAUAUGAGGGAGCUGACGGAGGCUACUGUGCGGGACUCGGGUGCGAUGAAGCAGAUCUCUUACCUCACGAUGAUAUUCCUUCCUGCUUCCUUUACUGCGGCGGUGUUUGGGAUGAAUGUGAAUGAGAUCAGCGGGACGAAAGGACAGGAGACGCUCGUUCAUUAUGUCGCGGUGGCUUUGGCUCUCACGUGCGCGACUUCGUGGAUUGUGGUGGCAUGGCAUUCGGAUGGCCGUUUUGUCAAUGAGGAUAGCACUCUGAUGGAGCGCGUCUGGUGGCCGGUGUUUUAUCUCCUCAGAUUGUUCAAUGAGAAGAAGGAACGCGCCUGGUUGGUUUCAGCUGAGGGACUUGGGCCAUUGGCGAGCAGGUUCCCGCUUCUGUCUCGAAACCAGGACUCGAGAGGGGGUGCGACUUCGCCAACGUAUUCCCCCGUCAACUUCAAUAAAUCACCCCCCCAAGCGACUAGUUCGAUAGACCCUAGCCGCUCAGCAUCAGCUGGCUGCUGCAUAGAUCGGGUUGGGAGACCGAUUGAGGACUGGAGUGAGGUGUCGAUUGAUGAGGAGGGAGACGACUACCAAGCUGUAGUCACGUUCUUUCGAAAGCACAUUAUCAUUUCCACUGCCCUUCUGACUCGGCCCGCACGCUUGCCUCACCCAGCCUGUCCCGAAGUUUCGAAACUGGGUCCACGCGUGCUCGCUUUGGGCAGCUGGAGAGCGCUCUUAUUUAUGGAUUUUGAUCUUUGGUCCUGGUGCUUCACAACUGGGUGGAAGAGUGCUCGGUGCGUCAGGGUGCUCUAUGAGCACCCUGCAAAGGCUGACGCCCUUGCGCUCGCCCUGGGGAAGCUUUGGGCAGUUGGAGAGCGCUCUUAUUUAUGGAUUUUGAUCUUUGGUCCUGAUGCUUCACAACUGGGUGGAAGAGUGCUCGGUGCGUCAGGGUGCUCUAUGAGCACCCUGCAAAGGCUGACGCCCUUGCGCUCGCCCUGGGGAGGCGUUGAGCAGCUGGAAAGCUCUUUUUAA